GACGAGUUUACAGCUGUAUGGGCUCUACGCUGUGAUUGUAGCAUGUUCUAUGUUCUUCAGUUUCAUGUCUCGCAGUGCCGCUGCUGCGUGCGGAAUCCGCCUGUAACUGUUAGUGAUGGUUCGCGUGAUAAAGUAUCCCUGUAGUGCGAAAAGAGCGCCGUACGCGGUCUGUGGAUUGCCAUCAACGAGCUAACGGGUGGCGUCUCCGUCGUCGAAUUUGGGUGGUGGUGCCAGCUAUGCGUCAUUUCGACCACUCACUUCAAUUUAGCGAUACGAGUUUGUUUAUAUCGUGCAAGACGUGAGAAGAGGACGCCGAUAACGCCAUGCCCUUCUCCUGGUGUCUCUCAAGAUGGAAACUGUGGAUACAGUUUGUCGUAGCCCUGGCCUACGGGCUUGUGAUCCUUGUUGUGGUUCCACUUAUCAGCGUCCAGCUCAUGAACAAAGGUGCCAGUGCAGACGUUCAGGCCUGGUUCAGCAGUGGCGUUUUUGUUCUCUUGACUCUUCCCAUAACUUUCUGGGAAAUAAUCCAGCACAUACUUAACUACACGAAGCCACACCUCCAGAAGCACAUAAUUAGGAUCCUAUGGAUGGUACCAAUCUAUUCACUCAACUGCUGGCUUGCCCUCACAUGGCCAAAGACUGGGAUAUACCUUGACACAAUUAGGGAGUGCUACGAGGCUUAUGUUAUAUACAACUUCAUGGUGUUCCUGUUGAACUUUUUGCACCGAGAGCUGGAGAUGGAAAUAUCUAUGGAUGAGCACAGGCCAUCUGUGAAGCACAUUUUUCCACUCUGCUUUCUACGGCCCUGCCCAGGGGGAUUGCGUUUUAUAAGUUCCUGUCGACAUGGUAUUCUUCAAUACACCGUAAUACGACCAAUCACAACAGCGCUGGCCCUAAUUACUGAAAUGUUUGGAAAGUAUGGAGAAGGAAAGUUUGAUUUUGGAUAUUCGUACCCAUAUAUAGUGGUUAUAAACAACAUAUCGCAGUUUGUCGCUAUGUACAGCCUAGUCUUGUUUUACAAGGCCUACCGGACUGAACUGACACCGAUGUCCCCAAUACCGAAAUUCCUGUGCAUCAAAGCUGUAGUGUUUUUCUCUUUCUUCCAAUCGGUGAUCAUCUCGCUGUUGAUAUACACGGGCUUGGUGUCCCCCUCUUUCUUCAGCGAGAAAGGAACUGCAGGCGACGUGAACAGAGGUCUUCAAGACUUCCUGAUCUGCAUAGAGAUGUUUGUGGCCGCGGUUGCCCACUACUUUGCCUUCUCGCACGUCCCAUACGUGGACCCGCACGCACGGCCCAUCCCCUGCUGCCUGUCGUUCAUGGCCAUGUGGGACGUGUCCGACGUGACGCAGGACGUGUCUGACCAUAUAAGACAUGUCGGCAACACUGUAAAGAAUACAGUUCAACGCAGGCCAGACUACUUCAGCGAGCGGAAGCUUCUCUUGGGAAGUUUUUCAGACGACGCCUGCAUUCCAGUGAAUGAGCCUGGCGACUUCCUGAAUGACAGGCCGUCUCGAAGUGGGUAUCUGAGCAUUGCAGGCAGCUCUACAAAUGCGCACCUGACCUAGGUGCCCCUUUUGCUAAAAUCUAAGUUUAGUUAUUGUGUAAGGACGGAUUUGUCAGCUUCCUGCCAUUACCGUGAUGAUCGUGCUUACAAUGUCUGAGGGGAUUGUGAUAUUGGUCGCACUGUCGGAGUUGCCCCUCUUUCCCCCCCCCCCCUUUUUUUUUUCCUGGCAAGCCUACCCACCAUUUGAGCAAACUGCAUUACUUAGCUGGCAUCUUUUGCCGUGCAGAUUUGGCCCUUAGCAUGACCGUAGCUUUAAUUUCUUUUUUUAUUUGCGAUUGUCAUUCUAUAGAAUUUUUUUGUAAGUACGAGUUGUGCAGCUUAAUUUUGACUAUUUCUUCGUUUCUGUUCACCUAUUAUUGCACACCUAUUGUACAUACUGUUUGCAGGUUUCUCUAAACAAUUCUAAAGUGAUUGUAUGUGUGCAAGUGGAAGUGAUAAUAUACAUUUUAUCGUGCAUCACACCAAAGCUUUUUUUUUGUGAACUACUAGUGACAUGAAUACUGGUACACCAUGUGCAUGCUGUUAUUUUUACCAUUGUAAGUUCAUGUGACAAUGCACCCUGCAUGAUUAGAAUCGGCUGGCUUUAGCUGUAUUUCAAAUGAACUUAUAUAGUGCUGAACGUAUACAACGGGCUUGGUUUUGUUUCGCUGGAUGAUAGGUGUUAUGUUUUACUGUUAUAUAUUUUAGCAGACUUUUAGUUCGAAAAAUUAUCCAAGCCAAUACGAUCUGCUCUAUUAGCACAUUUUUUGCACUUAUAAAAGCUUCACUUGGUAAUGUAAUCUGUUACUUUACUGCUGGCAUCUCUAGUCAUUCCAAAAUGACCGUGACGCUGUAUGGCAUUACUGUUCUAAACAUUUGUACUACAAGGAGUGCCUUAUUCAGACACUUGGGUGAAUGUUUGUCAGGUAAUCAUUUUCUCAAUGUGAAAAAUAAAUUUAUUCAACAAUUUUAGUAUAGGUCUCUUCAUCUAUUUAUGGAAUAUAUGGGUGUCCAACAUUUUUUACAUGAGGUUUCAGUGUUUUCUGUGUGCUGUGUACACUGUAUUUGGGAACUGCUGCCUAUUUUUUACUUAAAACGAUGGACAACUACCCAGAACAUGAAUUUAGAUUGCUCCACUGAUGGAAAGAUUGUCCAUAGCAUUGACUGAAACCAAAGCCCCCCCCCCCCCCCUUUUUUUGUCAGAAAUAGAUUUAUAUUUUUAUUCGUUGAUAGUCGUGAAAAAGGACAUGUGGCGCCUCUGGCGGCAAAAAACAUGAACGAUCUGAUUUACCUGGUCAGAUGGCCAUUGAUUUCUGUAUGCGGUCGACAGCCUUUUUUUGUCAGUAUUGAAAUAUUGUUGGUUUCUUUAUAUUAAAAGAUAUAACUCCAUAAAAA